AUGAAGAUCGUUGGUCAUUAUAAUGUCUUACAUGUACCGAAAACCGUUAGAGUUGUUGUACUUGACGUUUUAGAAACUGAAAAAGCAUGCAACAGAGUAUCGCAUUAUGAGGAUAAAACAACAAUUGCUAGAAGAGAAAUUGAAGAUGUUUUCGACCAAAUAAUAGUUGAAUUUUCCGAUGUUCAAACUUUUAACUUUGAUCUGAAAAAUAUGAACUAUCCGCUAUGGUUUUAUGAUAGGAUCUUCUUCGAAGUAACCCGUAAAGAACCAAUCCAGUAUUUUGUUUCUGAAAGACCAUCAGAUAUAUCAGAAAGGAUCCAGUUUCCUUUACAAAGUGAACCUUUUCAAUCGGUAUUACAAGAAAAUCAAACAACUCGGAAUUUCACAGUUGACAUGGAUGAUGUGGAGUACGGGGAAAACUAUAAGUUGAUGUUGUUGAAAAUUCUUGAGUUGGAAGAAGUUGACUUGACUAAUGACGACGAAAUUAGUGAUAUUCUCUCAAAAUUCAAUAGCAUACAAGAAUAUCUACAAGAGGUUAAGCAAUGA